AGAGAGGGCACAGAGUCACCUCAGGACACCAAACAGUGAAGAUCAAAUUUACAAAGCUUCAACAAGACAGUUUGUGUGUGAGUCCUAGAUGAUGUUUUGACUGCUGGGCUGGUAGGAGGCAGGGGAUCUUACAUGAUGAGGGAAGAUGUCAAGAUCCAAGCGGUCCAAUGCCCCAGUGGGAGGCAUCCCUGUCAGAGGACUUUUCAACAGGGAGAUGGGACCUUUGCAGCGUCAGCUUCAACAAGGGGAAUAUUCCUUACUCAAGUUUGCUCCUAUGCUGGAAAGCGAAUUUCUACAGAUUAACAAGCGAGGAGACAUAACUGAUGUUCACAACGAAUUGCAGACAGUGACAGUUGGAGUCGCCUGCACCAGCCCCAACUUCCCAGGGCCUAAUGUCUUGCUCCUGGCUCGCCCUGUCUUGUCCCCUGAAGAGCGGCCACAAAAGCUGAAUACUUUGCGCCGCCGCCGAGCACCAGCCAAGAAAUUAGAGCUCACUCGGCUUCUCCCUCUAAGCUUUGUCAAGAUCUCGGUGCACAACGCAGAGAAGCAGCAGCUGCGAUUCAAGCUGGCAAGUGGCCGGACCUUCUACCUGCAGCUUUGCCCCCAGCUCGGAGCACAAGAUGAUGUCUUUGAACUCUGGGUCAAGGUGAUCAACAUGGUGCGACCUCCCUCAACCUCAAAACUUGAGCUGCAAGGCAGAAUCAAAGAUCCUGGGCAGCCAGCCAAUCCCUUUUCCCAGAUGCCAAAGGCUCUGAGCACACCUGAUUCAUCAAACCUAGAAGAAACAGAGAGCAUCCCCAGUGUGUACACACCUGAAUUGGUCAGCCCUAUACAGGAAGAUGCCAGGAGCAGGCGGAGUAUGGCCUUGUCCAUGGGAGGCCCACCCAGCUUCCACCCUCUUAGCCACUCUCCUACCGUCAGCGAAGGAAAGACAUCUGAUUUGGAAAUGUACCGUCUCUCAGAGGGGAUGGAGUCGAUAGAAUAUCUUCAGAGCCCCCCGAGGCCCCAAAUCCAAGACCGUAAGAAGGAGCAUAGUUCUACACCAAACAGGAAAACCAGCAGAAGCAAACGGUCUCGCAGAAGGAGGUCUUCCCAAAAAGGUACAACCCGGAAGCCCAGCAAGAUUGUCUCCCUUAUCAUGUCCUGCUCUUGGGUGAACCGACGGAAGAGCAAAAGCCGAGAUACCAAGACCAGAGGCAAAGGAAAGAAACGCUGACUCAAACAGCUUCAAAAUGGAAGAGCCCCUUGUCCACCAUACUAUAAUAAUUAAAAGGCUGGUUGUAAAAGAAAAAUUUUACAACUGUUUUGCUGGACAAAGAAAAUAGUGCAUCAAAAUAGUAGUGGGAAAUGUAAAGCUGGAUUCUACAGCUAGACAUUUUCUAAGUUGGGUAGAAUAGGGUAUUUCUAAGAAUCCUAGGAUUAUAGAAAAUGGAGCUAUGGAAACUGAAAUGGUAUUCAAGUACUAAAGAUUAUGUGGGAUGAAACAUAUCUCUAUGGCUGGAUCUACACUGCCUUAUUUUCCAGGAUCUGAUCCCAGAUUAUCUGCUUAUCUCAUAUUAUCUGACGGUGUAGACUCAUAUAUCCAGUUCAAAGCAGAUAAUGUUGGAUCAGCUCCUGGAAUAUAAGUCAGUGUAGAUCCAGCCUAUUUCAAACUAUAGGGUUGGACAGGGUUGAGAACCACUGGAACCAAAGCAGACUGCAAAACCUCAUGUUCUUUCAGAAAAGCCAGCUGGAGAAAUUUGGAUCAGCUGUGUGGCUUGAACAAAUACUGUGGACUUGUGUGCUAAAUAUCACACAAAAAACACUGCAAGUUUCUGAUAGCUUCUAGACCUCUAACUUAGGCCCCUCCUAUACAGCUGAAUAAAAUCCAGAUUUUCUGCUUUGAAAUGAGUUAUAUGGCAGUGUAAAAGGGCCCUCUGAGCUCAAGGGAGGGAAGGGUGAUUGAAACUGCAAAAGAAGUUGCAAAAGUGAGUGGUGGGGGUUGUAAAAUAUUUUGCAAAAAUGAUAUGAACACAGAGGAAGAACUGGGCUGCUGGUUGAGAAAGAGGAAAAAGUGGUGGAUACUGAUGAAGAAAGAAGAGAAAUUGGGGUCCUGGUUGAGAAGGGAAAACUGCAUUUGUACUAAGAAAGAGGAGAAAUGGUCCUGAUCAAGAAGGGGAGUCCCAAAACAUAUUCCCAGUAAUACAUAUUCCCCAAGGAAAGGGGAUGAUGACUAGGAUCCCUUCAGCUAUUUCCCAAGCCAGUUAGCUAUCAGAAUCUUUUGUGUAUAUAUGGAGAUAGAUGAUCCCCUUUGUCAACAAAAUAAACUCAGGAUGUUUGUCCAUUUGAGGCUGAGAGUCUGAGACUCCUGCAGAAGAGGGGGGUUAGUAGAAGUGAAGUCAUUAACUUUCUAUGCCAGUAGCAGAUUGUCUAAAAUCACCACCAUUGUUUUUUGAGUCUUGCACCUUUGUCUCACACUUGAGUUAAUCAGGGACUCAUCAGCAUAUCCAUGUUACCAUUUCCUCCUGAAAUUGUGCCCUCCCAACAAACUGGCUCUUUGAACUGACCAACCGCCAGCUGUCACUAUUCCUGCCACAAGAAUCUUCUUCUGCAUGCUGUGACACCAAGGGAACCCUGCCAAUUCGGGUGCGGAUCCUAGCCUGCCUAUUUUUCAACUCAUCGAGAAGCAGCAGGAAGUCUCUCAGAACUGUACAAAAUGCAACUUAUUUCUACCCUGUUUCCCCUAAAAUAAGACAUCCCCAGAAAAUAAGACCUAGUAGAGGUUUUGCUGAAUUGCUAAAUAUAAGGCCUCCCCCGAAAGUAAGACCUAGCAAAGUUUUUGUUUGGAAGCAUGCCCAAUGAACAGAACACCAGAGCUUGCAGGAUUGGUAAAUGUACGUACCAUAGAGUGUUGUACAUGGAAAUAUUGGUAGUAACAAGAAAUUCUUGAAAAGAUUCACAGUUUGUCUGGUUAUGCUGGUUUGUGAUGACAACUACUGUACAGUAUAUAAUAAAUGUUCAUUUUUUUGUUCAACAAUAAAUGUGAAUUCUUCUUCAUGGAAAAAUAAGACAUCCCCUGAAAAUAUGACCUAGCGCAUCUUUGGGAGCAAAAAUUAAUAUAAGACACUGUCUUAUUUUCAGGGAAACACGGUAUGUGAAUGUAACACUUGUACCUUUUGAAGCAAAUUUAUUGUACCUUUUUGGCCAAAUUAUAAUAAACCUAUGUGGCUUUGCAUUCAA